AUGGCUGUGCAGCCCACUGAUGCGGCCCGUCAAGGGGAAGACCGCAGCUGCUGCAAGCAAAACAACCAGAAGCCGUCGCCGGGUGCGAGCACUGCUCAGGGAAUUUGCCUUUCUCCGACGCCCCCGACGAUCGACGCGGGCACCCAUGACUGUCAGGCAAAGGCUCUUUCCCUCUGUGCCAUCCGCCAGCUCGCCCCAAUGGCUGUGGCAGGACCGUCCGCCGGCAUUUCAGUGAGGGGCUUGCGUGUGCUCCGCAAGCGCGCAGGGAUCGUGUGCCGGCGCGCUCAAGGGGAGUUGGGGCCUGCAGGUCUUCUCUGGUCGGAGGCUGCCUGGGUUGGCAGCUUGCGUGCUGCAAUGGGUGGCCUCAAAGGGCUAGCAAAUCUGCCAGAUGUCGAUCUGCUGAGUGGGUUCGAAGAGGUUCUUGCCUCAGUCAAGAGGUCUCACCUGGAGGGGCUCAAGCAGCCAGCGGGUGUGUCCCGCAGAUUCCGCAAAGCAGGACGGCAAACCUCCAGUUGCCCCCGCCCUGCAGCUCGCAGUGCAGAAAGGAAAGCAGCUCAGCGCCUUGCGCGCUCGCUCUGCGAACCAGAGGACACAGUUCCGUACGCACUAUACUGCCACGAGUGCGGCGCCGGUGCAGACUGUGGGUUGCGUGGAAGCAAGGAAGGGGGGGAAGUGAAGUACGUUUGCAAUGAGCACGCUGACUCGUACCGCUACUUCAGCAUCGACAAGGACCGUGCAGCGUUGGGACGCGCAAAGGCAAAGGUCGUGGGAAAAAAGGAUGUGGCAUCGCCGGCCGGAGACCAGACUCGCAGUCAGUCAGCGUGCAACAAUACCUUCCAGCGAAGUGGGUUGUACUACGAUGCAGCGCCCAAAAGCAGACGCCUCACAGCGACGCUCCUGAUCAUCGGGGGAAUUGAGCCCAAUCCCGGCUGGGGGCCCGACGAGGUGAGCGCUCAAGGCAAGUCAGCGCCAGGUCACGACAUCGGCACAAGUCGGCCACUCAUUCCACUGCCGUCGCUUGAGGAGGUCUACGGCAAACCGCUGUUGUCCGAGAGCACGUACCCACUUUUCGAAGAUUGGAGGAAGCGAGCACGUUUGAGCAAGCAAGUGGGAAUCAGCUGUGCAGCCUUGGAGGGAGGCGUUGCUUCAGGAGAAUACGACCGCACGGGAAGGCCCGAGUCUGCGGAAGAGAUGCCAAGUCUGGACAGAGAAUUGGUCGACGAAGAACUCAGUCAUCUGGACAGGAUUGAAGAGGGUCUUCUGACUGCCCUGGUGGAAAACAACGGGGGGGACGAAAGGAGCCAGCUGUCCACUUCGCUGAGAGAAGUAUCUGGCGCUGUAAACGAGAACAAGGGAUGCGGCGCCGCAGCAAAGAUAAGCCGUGGCAACAAGCGGUCGGCGGCGAUUGCGGCCAGUGAGUCCGAUUCUGAGCAAUCAGGAUCUGAAGAAGGCGAGGACAUUGAGGGGGCCGAAUUUGAGAGUGUGGACGAGUCUUCAGACGGGGAGACAUCUCAGGACCGCCGUAUGAUCGACGACGGAAGCCAAGACGAGGAGAAUCCGGUGAUCGCGCAAGGCAAAAUGCGCGCCGCCGGGAACUUCGAUCAUGAGCCGGACAUCGCCCAGCUUCUGGCUGGGCGCUUCAAGCCGCAAGCGCCUCGACAGGCGACCAAGGCGCUCCAAACCGGACGCCAAGACCGUCUCCUGCCUUCACGGUCCAAGUCCGCAGCCGACGGGGGCAGCCCUUCGCGGAGCUCUUGCUCUACCGCGAGCGACGGGCGGUGGGUGGGUGCCCAGGUUGAUCAACAGCCGCCGGCCGCCGCAAGUGCUGGGCUCUUGCCGCUGCGCUCCGGGAGCUUGCAGUCGGAGGAGCUCGAGAAGGACGAUUUCGACGUGGCUUGGACACAUCCUGGUGACGAUUCCUGCGGGUCGGGUGAGGAGGAAGCGGUGGAGUCAGGCCGGCUGCGGAGGCUGCGAGUUGUCAGCGACGAAUCGGAAGAGGAGCGUCCUAUUCCCAGGCAGGGACGCAAGGUCGUCCUUUCGCGAUCCCCUUCCGCCGAAGACCUCCUUGCAGAGCCGGCGUCUACUGCGCCCGCACAAGGAAAUCAGGAAUCUGAGGGGACAGAAGGCGAUGGUGAAGAUGUGCGCCAGCAGCCCCGAUGGAUGUCUGCUGCGGAUCUACACGACGAUGGCCCUUCCUCCGACCGUGUGCAUCCGGCUAGGGAGCCGCAUUCUGCUGCUGCGGAGCUGGCACCUUUGGUUCGAUCUCGGGAAGAGGGGGCAGGGGGGUCCCCAUCGGUGGCGCGCCGACCAGUUAAGAAGAAGCCACGGAAACGCACCAAGCCGAGUCCUGCCCCAAUGGACGAGGCGACCCGAACCGCUGGACAAGCGGCUCUUCAAGCUCAUUUCCGCAACCUCAGGGAAUCGAGGCUCCAUGGAACCUGGCAGGAGGGGCAAGUUGUACAGCUAACUGAUCCGGGUGAUCCUGGAGACUCGCUUCAUGCUCCCGACGCCGUCCUUGAUGAGGAAGCGAGACCAUCGACAUCACUGGCGCCAAGGACUGGUCGACCAGCUCAAAAGAAGCGAAGCAAACGGGCAAAGCCAAGUCCUGCCCCAUUGGACGAGGCGGCUCGGGCGGCUAAUCGAGUGGCGGUUGAAGCUCAUUUUGGGGCACUGGAGAGAUCGAGGCCCCAUCGAAUCCGGCACGAGGGGCAAGCUGUACAUCGAGCGGAGUCGUCCGAUCUGGGAGGGCCGCACCAUGCCGUGGCAGCAGCGCGACCGAUGCUGGAGGCGCUGGGGGCGGAGGAGCAGAUCGCCCAAGAGGCAGCUGCAGUCGAGGCCCAUGUGGACGCGGCCCAGAACGACAUAGAGGGCCAGCAGGAGCGCGAGCACUCCGAGAUGGCGAUGCAGCAGCACGUUCUGCAAAGCCCACAGGAGCAAGAGACGCUCGGAGACGCUGAGGAGCCCGAGGCGCCCCAGCAGAUCUGGGGGGUUCCUGCCGAGGAUGUCGGCAACGCGACAAGCUCGCCCGCCAGUGCAGAACUCUGUCAGCCCAGCACAGCCCCCGACCUCGACGAGCCUGCCCAAUCUGGGAAUUGGGUUUCGACGGAAGAUGGAGCCACCGAGCUCCUGUCCCAGUCCUUAAAGCCGCCAUCCUCUGUGAACUCCUUCAGCAGGAUGUCCCUGUGGUGGCGCCCGCCUCUCGAGUGCGCCCUGGCGAGACUCUGGUCCACAGCGAGCACGACGGAAAACUGUUGA